UAGAGAACAUUAAAGAAAUAAUUUUUGAUAUAUCAUCAAACAUGGCAAGAGAAAACAUUUUUUUACACUAUAAUAUAGUGUUAAUUAGUUUCUUGGCAUUUUUGUUUUUGGUAACAGAAGGGGCACCUAAAAGUGCCCUGGUAUCACAAAUCCCUGGCUUCAAUGGCAAUUUUCAGUCAAAACAUUAUGCAGGGUAUGUUACCAUAGACGAAAAACAUGGCAAGAAAUUGUAUUACUACUUUGUUGAGUCUGAAAGAAAUCCAUCAAAGGAUCCAGUUGUUCUUUGGCUCAAUGGUGGACCUGGCUGUUCAGGCUUUGAUGGCUUUGUCUUUGAGAAUGGACCUUUUAGUUUUGAGUUGGGAAAGACAAAUGAUAGCCUGCCUUCUCUGCAUAACAAUCCAUACAGUUGGUCCAAGGUUUCCAGUGUAAUAUAUCUCGACUCUCCUGCUGGUGUUGGAUUUUCUUACUCGGGAAAUAAAUCCGACUAUGUAACAGGAGACUUAAAGACUGCAUCUGAUAGCCACUCGUUUCUCCUCAAGUGGUUUGAGAUCUAUCCGGAGUUCCUCACGAACCCAUUUUACAUAUCUGGAGAGUCCUAUGCUGGAAUUUAUAUACCAACUCUGUCUCACGAAGUAGUAAAAGGUAUUGAUGCUGGAGUAAAGCCUGCUAUCAACUUUAAGGGUUACAUGGUGGGAAAUGGCGUGACAGAUGAAAUAAUAGACGGUAAUGCUCUUGUUCCAUUUCAACAUGGUAUGGGCCUCAUUUCAGAUAAAUUAUACGAGGAAGUUACCGUUGCAUGUCAUGGAAAUUUCUACAAACCAGUGGAUAAGAAUUGUAAAGAAAAGCUAGCUAAAAUUGAUCAGGAUGUUAAGGAUCUAAACGUUUAUGACAUUCUAGAACCGUGUUACCACAGCAAAGAACCUAGUGGAAUUACCUCCGAUAACUCAAAAUUGCCAAUGAGCUUUCGUACACUAGGUGAGACAGAAAGGCCUCUUCCAGUCAGAAAAAGAAUGUUUGGCCGUGCAUGGCCUUUUAAAGCUCCAGUAAGAGAGGGACUUGUCCCAACUUGGCCGGAGCUUCUCAAUGGUGGAAACGUCGCUUGCACAGAUGAUCGUGUUGCAACUGUGUGGCUAAACAAUGAAGAAGUCCGUAAAGCACUUCACGCUGAACAAAAAACUGUGACAGGUCCGUGGAUGCUAUGCACAAACAACUUAAAGUUCAGUCAUGAUUCUGGAAGCAUGAUUCAGUAUCACAAAAACCUCACAGAUCGGGGAUAUCGGGCACUCAUAUACAGUGGGGAUCACGAUAUGUGUGUGCCAUACACUGGUUCAGAAAAAUGGACAAGUUCACUUGGAUAUCCGAUCGUGGAUGAAUGGAGGCCUUGGUAUGUGAAUGAACAAGUUGCAGGUUACAUACAAGGUUAUGCUAACAACCUCACUUUUCUGACUAUUAUGGGAUCUGGACACACUGUGCCGGAGUACAAACCACGAGAGGCGUUGGCGUUCUACACCCGCUGGCUAGAAGGCAAGAACAUAUGAUAAUAUGAAUAAUGAAGACUGAAUUAAUUAGUAGACAUUAAUUAAGUCCAAUUAUUUCAGAGAGAUUUCUCUUUUUCCCUAUGACUCUUCUUUAAAAAGGAAUUUCUUUGUAAAAAAGAGUGAUGAAGGGAGAAGGAUAUUAGAUUUUUACCAUAUAAUUGAAGAUAUAUACUACUAUAUUGUAUCUUAUUACUUACUUUUUAUGCAUAUAUAUGCUCAUAGUAAUUUCUCUCC